AUGACUGUUCAUAGCAUUGAGAAAUGCUAUAAACUAAAUGGUUAUCCUCUUGGACAUGAGCUCCAUGGCAAAACCAAAAAUAUUGCAGUAGCUGUCACUCAUCCUCGAGCACAUUCAGACAGUGACUAUGAUGAAGACUCAACUGAAUCCAUAGCUCUUACCAAGAGUUUCUCCCAAUCAAAGGCUGAUUACAGCCUUUUCACUCGAGAAGCACAUGGCAUCUUUGUUGCCAUCCUUGUGUAUGUUGAUGACAUACUGGUGGCAAGCAAUGACCUUAACUCUGUCCAUGCAUUGAAAUCCCUUUUACACAGCAAAUUCAAGAUUAAGGACCUAGGCAAACUAAGAUACUUUCUUGGCACUGAAAUUGCAAGAUCCUCCAAAGGAAUUUAUCUAUGUCAACGAAAGUAUACACUGGACAUCUUAGCAGACUCAGGCAAUCUAGGCAGCAACAUAGCUAAAGUCCCCAUGGAACAAAAUCUUAAAUUGACUCAAUCUACUGGUAUUCCACUAUCUGAUUCAAGUGUUUACAGACGCAUGAUUGGUCGACUACUAUAUCUCACUAUAUCUCGACCUGACAUCAGCUUUAGUAUCCAAACUCUUAGUCAAUUCUUGGCCACCCCAACUGAUGUUCAUCUCUUGGCAGCACAGAAAGUGCUUCGUUAUCUCAAAGUUGCCCCUGGUCAAGGCCUUUUCCUCCCUAAUUCCUCAUCUUUUCAACUUGAGGCCUACUGCAACUCUAAUUGGGUUUCCUGCCCAAAUACCAAACGAUCCAUUAAUGGCUAUUGCGUGUUCCUUGGCUCUUCUUUAAUCUCUUGGAAGUCCAAGAAGCAAGCUGUUGUUUCCCAAUCCUCGGCAGAAGCAGAAUAUCACUCAAUGGCAGCUACUUGUUCAGAAUUAAUGUGGCUCAGGUUCAUCUUGGCUGCACUUCAAGUUCACCAUCCACAAGCUAUCCUGCUCUACUGUGAUAACCAAGCCGCCAUACAUAUUGUUGCAAAUCCCAUCUUCCAUGAACGCACUAAACAUAUCGAGCUCGACCACCAUUUAAUUAGAGACAGAAUUCAAGAGGGCAAUGUAUGCACUCGUUAUGUCCCCAGGUCUGCUCAGGUUGCCAAUACCAUGACCAAAGUUUUAUCUUCUAAAGUCCUCCAUAUUCACUUAUCCAAGAUGGGAGUCGUAAACCUUUACGCUUCAUCUUGCGGGGGAGUAUUGGAAAAUGAAUCACAGCAGCACACUAAUAAAGGAAAAGAAGUUGCCAUCACAUGA